CCCUGAGCGGAGCAAAUCUGUGUCUGUGAGCUGAGAUGAGAUGUGCGCGGGCUGAAAGCCGUUCGUCCGGAGCGUGUGCAUGAACACUGAGGUCCACGAACAUCCCGGUCCUGCUGAAGAGUCUCUUCGACGAUGGCCGCGGCUGUGGAGAGAGGAGGUGUCCGGGCCGCCUUAACGAACCCGGGUGUCUGUGCACCCGCAGCCGCUCCCGCUGCGCCCGGAGCCGUGGGUUCGGGCUCCGGUUCGGGGGGUUCGGCUCCCAUCAUGCCCGUGCCAAUGAAUCUGUUCGCAACGUGGGAAAUUGACCGCUCAUCUCCGAGCUGCGUGCCGAGGUUGUGUAGUCUGACGCUGAAGAAGUUGAUCAUUCUGAAGGAGUUGGAUCGUGAGCUCAGUUCUGUGGUUAUUGCUGUCAAGAUACAGGGCUUAAAGCGUGUCUUGAGGUCAAAUGAGUACAUUCUCCCACCCAGCGGCCUCAUGGAAACUGAUUUGGAGCUCACCUUCUCUCUACAGUAUCCACACUUCCUGAAGAGAGAUGCUAACCGGCUGCAGAUUAUGCUUCAGAGAAGGAAACGCUAUAAAAACAGAACCAUUCUGGGUUACAAGACUCUGGCUGUUGGGGUUAUUAACAUGGCUGAGGUGAUGCAGCAUCCCACAGACGGAGCACAGAUUCUGGGUCUCCAUAGUAACGUGAAGGAAGCCCCGGUGCGCACGGCCGAGCUGAGAGUCUAUUCAUUGUCUAGUCAACCUAUCGACCCUGAGGACAGCAGCGGUCAACCGGAGACCAAAGCCAAAGCCUCAGACCAUUCUCCAGACAUGGACAACUAUUCUGAAGAUGAUGAUGACAGUUAUUCUUCAGAGCAGGAGGCCAGUGAUGAUGCCGUUCAGGGUCAGGACCUUUAUGAUGAGGAUGAUGACAUUCAACGAAAGCCAAAAAAAUCUCGAAGGAAGAUGAUUAGAACCACAUCUAUGACCCGGCAACCGAAUUUCAAACAGAAGUUUGUUGCUUUGCUGAAGAGAUUUAAAGUAUCUGAUGAGAUCUUGGACUCAGACCCGGUGGAUCAGACGCAGGAGGUUGAAGAUUUGGAUCUUCUGUAUGACAGUCUGGAGGUUUAUAACCAGAGCGACAGCGGGCCAGAGAUGGAGGAUAAUGAGAGUCUCCUGAGCACCCCUAAACCCAAACUCAAACCGUUCUUCGAGGGAAUGUCUCACUCCAGCUCACAAACAGAGAUCGGAAGUUUGCACGGUCAGCCGAAAGAAAAUCAUUCAAGUGGUGGAGAUGUGUUAACAGUGGAUAAGAACAGAUAUUCAGAUGAGUCUACAGCGCUGGACGCUACAUCUGUGGAGCAGACGGAGGAGACGGGCAGGGGGGCUGUCACAUGUGACGGGGGUGUGAAUGCAGACAAAUCAGCAGCAAACAUCGGCAAACUCUGCAAGGCUGAGUCUCAGACUCUCAUGUCACCUAGUAAAACAGACAGUAAACUGCAGCGAUGUCCACGCAGCACCUCCAUGAAGGACAGACAGAACUCGAAGGCUCAGAGUGAUCGCACUAACAGCAUCGAGAGUGAGACCUCACCUGACUCCAGACUCAUCACACAGGUUUGUGUUCCGAGGAAAUCAGUUUACGAUCAGCUGAAUCAGAUCCUGAACUCGGAUGAACAUCUGCCAGAGAGCAUCAUCCUCAUCAACACUACAGACUGGCAAGGACAGUAUUUGAAUGAGAUUCUUCAGGAGCACAAGCAGCCCGUUGUGUCCACCGUCUCCCCUGCAGAUGUUCAGGCCGCGUUCAACACUAUCGUCACCAGGAUUCAACGAUUCUGUAAUUGUAACGCACAGACGCCGCCCACCAUCAAAGUGGCUGUGGCGGGUGAUCAGAGUUAUCUCAGCACGGUUCUCCGCUGCUUCGUGGAGCAGCUCGCAAACAAGACGCCUGAUUGGUUGAGCUAUAUCCGUUUCCUCGUCAUUCCUGUUGGUUGUCAUCCGCUGGCCAAGUACAUCUCAACAUUUGACAGUAAGUUUAAUAACAUCUUCAUGGACGCCGGCUGGAGGGAUGUGUUUGGGAGGUUGGAGGCGCCAGCUUCAGACAAUAUAGAUGUGGCCGGACGUGUGUCGCAGUAUCUGGCUGGAGCAAAUCUCUCCCAUCAGUUUCCUAUAUCUGAAGCCAUGCUCACCUAUAAACAGAAAAGGAAGAGAAGUUUGUAUUUUGAUUUUUACAUCAGUCCUGAUGAAGACUCGUGUCAGAAGUUUGUGCCCUUCAUUGGGCUGGUGAAAGUGGGGAUUGUCGAGCACAGUUUAUCUACAUCAGUGGACUCUGAUGAUGUAAUGGUGGGCAGUGUGAAUGUUCUCUCCUCACCUCCUGCCCAGAUGGGGAAAGACAUGACCUCCACUCCUCCCUCAUCUCCCUCUGUCUCUGCCACUCUCUCUGGAGCAGGCUCUCCAGGCAGCGGCAGUGAGGUGAUGGGUCUUCAGGUGGACUACUGGACACUUCAGGCAUCAGAGAAGAAAAAAGAAGGCGACAGGAGAAACACACUAAAGAGUAACUUCCGCUCGCUGCAGGUGUCCAGAAUCCCCAGCGGUGGAGAGCCGAUACCUCCACCUGGCAUGGCCAUGACCGUCGUCAUGAAGGAGAAAAACAAGAAAGUGAUUUUCCUCAGCAAGAAGCUAAAAGAGAAGGAUGUGGAUUCAAAAAGUCAGGUGAUCGAUGCCAUCAGCCGUCUCAUCUGCACCGCCAAGCACCAGCACACCAUGCUCAAGGUGUCCAUUGAUGGUGUGGAGUGGCAUGACGUGAAGUUUUUCCAGCUAGCGGCACAGUGGCCGACACACGUCAAGCAUUUUCCUGUAGGAAUCUUUGGUUACAGCAAACCAGUGUGAGAUGCCGGAUCACUGAUGAGGAGUGAAACAGAGUGAUGGAGUGAUUUUCCUGUGGAAAUGGUGGAUUUGGAAGCUUGCGUCAGAAGUAAUGUUACUCGUUGUGAAAGACACAGUGACGUGUUUAUUUGACAGUGUUGUAGUAGGAACUGUACAGCAGCUUGUUGCACUUUGUUGAGUUAUAGUUCGUUAUUAUUUCUGUGAAAUGUCCUGUUUUAGUUUUUGUUGUAUGUACAAUAUUAUAGGAUGGUGGAAUACUUGUGAGUUUGUGUGUGGUGCGGGAUUCUGUUUUGCAAGUGGGAGUGGUUAAUGCACAUGUGGGAGGAGUUCAGUUCAUGUUGCUGAAUGAUUAUAGCAGAGCUGUGAAGACAGCUCUUAUUUUUAAUAUCGUUGAGCAAAUAGACUUGGGUUUACAAGCUUUUCUUACAGUGUCAUUACAUGGAUGAACUGUAAACGUUUUUUAGGGAUGAAACUAGGGAUGCAUCGAUGUAUCGGCCACCGAUAUUAAUCGGCCGAUAUUGGAUUAAUUUAACACCAUCGGUAAUAGCAUGAAAAAGGCUGAUACCGAUGGUUUAUUAAUUAACUGCAUGGAGGCAAUGAGUUGCAUGUCUGAAUAAUCCAACGUUUUCUCUGAGCAAAAUAAUUAAAUAGCAACAGUACACACUUUAUUGAAGUUUAUUAAAAAAAUGUUCAAUGUUAAGUCAAAUAUGAGUUAAUCUAGUUAAUAAAAGAAAUAUGGGAUAGCAAAAAUCACCUUUGAAGAUUGUCAUGUUGUUUUAAUGUAUUUUUAUCUCAACUUGUGCGUGUUUUAAAAUGUUAAAUGGAUCCAAUUCAUGUUCAGUAAAAUUAAUUGAAUGCAGAAAAAAAUAGCUAGUAUUGUAAAGUACUAUGCAAUUGACCAAUAUCAGAAUCGGACGAUGGUUGGUUGUUAAAAUCAGUGUCGGUAUCAGCCAAAAAAAAUCCUAUCGGUGCAUCCCUAGAUGAAACACACAUGAACAAACAGCUUGUGUGGGUACAAUCGAAGUUUUAUAUUCAUUUGAGGUGAUUUAUGCUUUUAAAGACCCUUUAAACGCUCAGUUCCUUGUUGUGGGGCUGUGAGCAGUUACUCUCACUUUAUACAACUUAACCAUGACUGAACUUAUCUGACUGUUGUUUGGAGUGUGAGAGUGUGAUGUGUGCGUGUCGGUCUAUAGGCUUAUCAUUGUGUCCCCACAAUGAUGGUAAGUCCUAACAUUCCAUGUAUCAGACUCCAUGAUUAUUAUUAAUCAAACUAAAUGAUGUUUAUUUGAAAAUGUAAAAAUGCAGAAAGGUUUGUGUGAGGGGAUACAAUAUACAGUAUAAAAAUCAUUCUGUCUAUGGAAAGUCCCCACAAAGUACAAGUGUGUUUGUUGGAAACAGGGUCCAGUCACUGCCAGCUAUCAAGGGCUCAUAACAUUUAUUUGUGAGUUCUCUCUAAAAAUCCCUUUACACAGAUUUCCUGUAUGUAAAUAUUAAGAAACGAUAAAGCAGCUUUACUUAUGCUCUCAUUUAUGAGCGUCUUCAGUAUUUGUGUGUAGUGUUCUGUUCAAGGCAAGAGGAAAUAAAGUCCUCACCCAGUAGAUUUUAUUUUGUGUCUUUUACAAAAUGGUAGAUGUUUUUUAUUGAUUUUAUUUUUUCGGUAGGCUGCUAAAGUGUUUUCCCUAUGGUUUCUCUUGAUUUGGGCAAUGGGAAUAGCCUAUUUUUACAAUCUUCCUUCAUUUAAAAAGUGAAGAAACCAGUCUGUUUAAGAUGGAAAUGCAGACUUUUGCACAAAGGUAUUUUUGAUGUUUGACAGUAUUAAUUCUAUAUGAGAUUAAGCUUUUCUCCUGUUCUCUGUAUAUAAAUGCAUACUGCCAUUUCAUAUCCUUUCUACUGCUUUCAAUUGUCACACAUAUACUAAAAUAAUUGCCACCAUGGCUGUGUUGUGUUUUUUUAACAUUUACUAUUACUUUUUCUAUCUCUCUUUUUUUAAAGGAGUUGAUCUCUUUUAUAGACACUUUGAUUUUUGUUUUGGAAUUAAGAUUUUCAGAUAUGUUAAUAAGACUAAAGUGAACCAGCGUGUUCAUUAUUUGUGUGCAGAAAUACUUUCUUUUCAGUAUUUGAUAAAUACUUAUUGAAAUAUUGUUCAAAUAAAUGA